ACUUAGUUCUGAGUCUCUUACUGCACUUGAGAUACCCAAUGAUAUGCUACAGAUCAUCCAGGAUCUUAUUUUGGACCUUCGUGUACGUUGCAUCAUAGUGACCUUACAACACACAGCUGAAGAUAUAAAGAGGUUGACUGAAAAGGAAGACUGGGUUGUUGACAAUGAAGGUUUAACAUCGUUGCCAUCCCAGUUUGAACAGUGCAUUAUUCAUUCCUUGCAAUCUCUUAAAACUGUGCUGGACUGCAAACCUGGAGAGGCCAGUGUUUUCCAGCACCAGAAAACACAGGAGGAUGUGUGCCAGCUAAGCAUUGGGAUCAUGCAGGUCUUUAUAGACUGUUUGGAACAACUGAGCACCAAACCUGAUGGUGACAUAGAUACAGCACAUCUUUCAGUUGAUGUUUCAUCUCCAGAUUUGUUUGGAAGCAUUCAUGAAGAAGCAAGUCUGUCUUCGGAACAGAGGCUUUUAAUUGCACUCAGUAACUGCCGUUAUCUGGAACGACACACCUUCCUAAAUAUAGCUGAGCAUUUUGAGAAACAUGGCUUUCAAGGUGUUGAAAAAAUAACUCAGGUUAGUAUGGACUCCUUGAAAGAGCUCGAUCAAAGACUGUUUGAAAUGUACAUCGAAUUCAAAGCAGAUCCAAUAGUUGGGUCGUUAGAACCUGGCAUUUAUGCAGGAUAUUUUGAUUGGAAGGAUUGUCUUGUUCCAGCAGGUGUCAGAAACUAUCUGAAAGAAGCACUGGUGAAUAUCAUUGCUGUGCAUGCAGAGGUGUUUACCAUUUCCAAAGACUUGGUUCCUCGGGUAAUGUCAAGGGUGGUAGAAGCAGUCUCUGAAGAACUGAGUCGACUGAUGCAGUGUGUUUCAUCCUUCAGCAAAAACGGAGCUUUACAGGCAAGACUUGAAAUCUGUGCGUUGAGAGAUACUGUGGCCAUAUACUUGACACCUGAAAGCAACUCAAGCUUUAAGCAAGCUUUGGAAGCCUUGCCUCAGCUUUCAAGUGGAACUGACAAAAAGUUACUAGAAGAGUUACUAAACAAAUUUAAAAGCAGCAUGCACUUGCAGCUGACCUGUUUUCAAGCUUCUUCAUCAGCAAUGAUGAAAACAUAG